AUGUUAGAAAUUGGAGCAUUAAGACAAGGCAUAUAUGAGAGUAUACCUUCAUUCUGGGCAAAAAUUCAGAAAUAUGGUGAUCAACUCGGUUAUACUCCAGCACAGAAAAAAACCCAUUUUUUAUCUGGAGUUAGACCUGAUAUUAGAGAUGAAAUUUAUAGAAUUGGUCAAACAAAACCCAUUAAUGAUAUUAUUGAUAAUUUGGCAGAACUUGAAUUACAUCAUGGAAUAUUACAACAGGCACCAUCUCAACCUCGCUAUGCACCUAUUGCUCCUGCUAUUUCAGAUAUAGAAAAAUUAAAGGCUGAACUUCAAGCACAACAACCACAAGUUGCAACAGUAGGAAAUUUUCAACCCCCACCUAAGUUUUAUCCUAUAAAAUCAGAAAAACCUCAGCAAGCAUUUUACAUAGUAGAUCAAGAAGGUAAUAAUAUGGAUCCACUUACCCAAGAUUCAGAUUACCUUAAAUACCUUGAGCAAGCAAAAGCUUUAUAUAAAAAACCACAAAGAUCCAACCAAUCUGUCAGAAUGGAUAGAAUAGAAGAAGGGCUUAAUAAAACUCGAGAUACUAUAAAUCAAGAAACAGGCCAUAGCAAGGGCAAAUGCCCCAAUCAACCUACGGUCCAAUCUAAUUAUACUCGAUCAUAUUUUACAUCUCUCAAGCCAAUAUAUUCCCAAUACACAUCUCCUAAUUCAGAUGAUAGCGAGGAGGAUGAAGUUACAGAAUCUAAACAAAAUGAAAAAGUCACUAUGCCAAACCUUUUUUCAGAAUCAGAUAACCAGUUAUUAGAAUUAUUAUCUUCAGCAAUGCGAAAAAAAAACAUUGACCCAUCUACAAAAAAUAAAUGGGCUGAAUCACUUGAAUAUAUGCAGUAUAGAAUUGAAGAUAUAAUUAUUUCAGAUGGGUUUGCCAAUACAGCAUCAGGAUGUCUUGUUAUGAAUAAAGCACUAAAUGAGGCAUUAGGAUGGAAUCUUGGAAUGGCACCAAAUUUUUCCCUUAGACAUAAUUCUGAUCAUAUAAUGAAAUUAGAAGGAGGACAUAAGGAUGUACCAAUAUCUAUAAAAUAUAAAAAUAAAUGGGUUACUGAAACAGGACAUGUUGUUGUUAUUGAUGAUGGAAAACUCAAUUACCUUCUUUGUUUAGGAACGCCAUGGAUUCGAAAACCAAUCAAGGAUAAUGUUUUAUCAAGCCUUUAUACAACAGUGAUUCAGAAUAAUAAUCAAACUUUCGAUUCUUCUACCAAGAUCGAUACUAAAGAGGAGCCAGCAUCUAAUGAGAAAAAAGAGUCCCAAGCCUCUGAUUCAUUCACUGAAGAUCUAAAAAAAAAAAUAUAA